AGGCAAGUAGUGGGCGUUACCUGCAGGAGAGAGGAAGUGCCGCAGUGUUUAGGCCUCACUUCAACCACAAAGGAUGUCGUUUUGCCAGUUGAGGUCGUUGAGGCUGAGCACCGAGGUAGUACGCCCGCUAUUGCUGCACGCCCGUACUAUGCAUGUAGCUUCCGAGCCUGUAGUGAUCCUACAUGAGGUGGGGGAUAAGGGUGUCAUUACCCUCAACAGGCCUAGGUUACUUAACGCCCUCAACCACGAAAUGGUACAGCUCAUCCAUCCUCGGCUCAGGGAAUGGAAGAACACCAAGAAAUUAGUCAUCAUCAAAGGGACGGGAGACAAGGCAUUCUGUGCAGGAGGGGACGUGCGAGCUGUUGUUGAGACAAUAGGUAAGCCAGAUGCCUUGGGAGAGUAUUUCUUCCGUGACGAGUACAUGCUUAACUACCUCAUAGGAACUCUUCGCAUCCCCUACAUUGCCCUCAUUGAUGGCUUCACCAUGGGCGGCGGUGCUGGCCUCUCUGUGCAUGGCCAGUACCGGGUGGCCACAGAACGCACCAUCUUCGCCAUGCCAGAAGUAUGCCUUGGCCUCGCUGCUGAUGUUGGUGGUUCCCAUUUUUUGCCUACAUUGAGAGAACGGCUGGGAACAUACCUAGCCCUAACCGGUCAUCGACUAAAAGGACCAGAUGUGUUAAAGGCAGGUGUAGCCACUCAUGUGUGUGACGGAGCAAGGAUUGCAGAACUAGAAGAAUCCUUACUGGACUUGCGAUUUACAAACCCAGAGAAUGUAGCUGCUGUAUUACAAAAGUUCCAUAAGGAGGCAACAUUCAACAAGGAUGCACCCUUCUCCCUGCAGCCGGUGCUCCCUAAGAUUGAGUCCUGCUUCUCCGGUGCCACUGUGGAAGAGAUUUUUGGAAAUCUGGAGAAGGAUGGUUCUGAGUGGGCACUGAAGCAAUUGGAAACCCUUAACAGGAUGCCACCACUUUCUCUGAAAUUGACGUGUCACAUGCUGGAGCGAGGAGCGUGCCUCACCCUGCAGGAGUGCCUCGCCAUGGAGUACCGCACUGUGAAGCGCUUGUAUAAGGGGCAUAACUUCAUUGAAGGCACCCGGUCAGUCCUGGUGGACCGGGACUACAAGCCCCAAUGGAAACCCAAGACUCUGGAGGAAAUUACUUCCGAAAAGAUGGAUGAGUACUUUGCACCUUUGCCUGAUGGAGAAGACCUUGAGUUCUAAACUCGUGAAGAGAUCGUAGUAAUGAAGGGUAGCUGUGAAUUGUGAUAGCUUUGGAUAGCAAGCUGUUUGUGUACUUGAUGCUGGCAGAAGUUAUGUGAUUACAGGUAUUUCUGUAUCGUGUUCAUUUUGAUAUACACAGUCUGCAUACCACCAUUAUUUUUUCAGUUUUACAAUGAGUAUUUCUUUCAGUAACAGUUUUGCCAAUUAUACUUCUAUCACGCUUGUUACUGUAUCUUCAGAGUUCAAACUUAAAACUAUUGGAUAUCAUACACCAUAUAAGUCAGUACAUUCACUUCCUGUUAUCAAUGUUUGGGUUCACAACUUUGCAACAUAAGCUGCUCCUAUCAGCUACGUUUACCCGUGUUGGAUGGCUCACAUCUAUAGUAGAGCAUCCUGUCAAGAGGCUCAGGAUUCAGCAAUGUUUCGUAGUACAAAUUGUAUUUUAUAUUUUGUGUAUGAACAAUAAAAAAGUUCUGGUUUGUUGGC